AUGUGAUUUAACGGUGAAAUGGGUCGCCAAUUUGAAUGCAUGGAAGUUCAUGAAUAUAACUGUGACAUCAUUGACAAAAGGCACAUUGAGAUAGACAUUUAAAUGACUGAACAAUCGUUCAACGUCAUUUGGAUAUAUACUAGAGAUAAACAAGGAAGUUUUAAUCCUAUGUGAGGUUGCCAAUUGAGAGUUCAAAGGAAUCUUUCCACAUACGGAACUAUCAGUGCAAUGGAUUCAGAGUUUGCACAACAGGAUAUUGUUCGCUGUGAUUUGUGUGACACACCUGUACCCGACCUUCACUGCGAUUUAUGUGAGAUAAACCUCUGUCAAUCGUGUGGCGAAGAACAUUUACUUGAUAAGUCCAAAAGACAUCAGGUGGUGUCGUUUAAACAGCGAAGAUCCACCUUUAAACGCCAAAUUUGUCAAAGACAUUCAACACAAGGGUCAAAUUGGUACUGUGAACUCUGUGACAGUUUGCUAUGUGAAGAAUGUAUUUCUUCUGAAGAGCAUCAAGGGCACACUUUUAUAACAAGCCAGGAGAAUUUCGAAAGAAAAUAUAACCAAAUAAAAAACGAUCUUCAAGAAUUGGAACAGUCAAUUUAUCCUAGCUACCAAGAGAUUGCAUCACAUGUUACAAAACAAAAAGCAAAUCUUCCUUAUACUUCACAAAAAAUGAUAAAUGAUAUUGGAAAACAAGGGGAUGACUGGCACAAUGUUAUAAACCAACUGACGGAGAAACUGAAAUCCGAUGUUCAUGAAUUGAAGACAAAUUUUAGUACUGCUUUGAAUAAUCACGAAGAAUUUAUCACUAAGAAGAUGCACGAAAUUGAACAAUUGAUUUUGCAUCUUAAGAAUAUACUGGAUGUUGAUGAUAUAGAUCCAGUGUCUGCAUACAAAUCAAAAAACGAAACAGUUAGAAGAUUUCCUAAAAUUGUCAAAAUUCCCUUCCAAAGUUUCACAGCCUUGGAGAUCAACAAAGAUCAGAUAAAUCAACAAUUUGGAUUUCUUUCAGGAAAACCAUAUCCGAUUGAAGUGAACCUUUCUUUACCUGAUGACUUACAAGCCUUCGAGAAAGAAACGAUUUCUAUGAAAUCACUCCUUAAGGAACCGUUGACUAAAGCCACCAUUUGCACGGACUAUGUAGGACAUCUGAACGGUUUGCGAAGUGUAGUUUGUCUCAAUGAUGACAAAAUCUGGUCCAGUGGGAUGAAUAACAUCAUAAGCCUUUACAAUCUUCAGGGAGACCUCCUCACGUCAGUAAGAACUAAGUCGGGGAAAAGGCCAACUGGUAUAGCGGUUACAAACACCGGGGAUCUAGUCUAUACUGAUGAAGACGACAAAACUAUAAAUAUUGUGAGAAAUAAAAAGAUAGAAGUUUUGAUUAAAUUUCAUGACUGGAGACCUCUCAAUGUGUGCAGUACCCCUUUCGGAAAUCUUCUAGUCUUAAUGGGGAGUGAUGAUUAUGAACAAACAAAGGUAGUGCGUUAUUCUGGUUCCACUGAAAAGCAGUGCAUUCAAAAUGACGAAAAUGGAAAAGCCUUCUUCUCGCCUGAUGACAGUAAAUAUUUAGCUGUAAACAGAAACCAAGAUAUUUGUGUAGCAGAUUACAGAGCUAAGAGAGUUGUGGUGAUCAGCGCGACAGGAAAACUCCGAUUUACGUACACUGGCAGUACUCCUAAUACAAUAGAGUCGUUUGAUCCAGUAGGCAUCACUACAGACAGCCUGAGUCGUAUACUGAUAGCAGAUGGACACUGUCACUACAUCCACAUCAUUGAUCAAGACGGACAGUUCCUCCGUUAUAUUGACAAUCUCAACUUACGUGGACCGUGGGGUUUAUGCAUUGAUACAAAUGACAACCUCUUCGUUGCAGAGUGUGACUUAGGGAAAAUAGAGAAAAUCCAAUAUUGUGCGACAACAGAUUAAAUGAAAAAAAGAGAAAUUUUAAUAUUAUAAGGCUAUGAUUUGAAUGUAUUUUGCAGAAAUCAAUAACAUGAGUAUUUGAUAUAAUUAUAUACUGUUAAAUGUGAUAUGAGUUGGCACAAUCAAUUUUAAAUUUAAAGAUUUAAGCAAGCUUGUGUAUAUGAAAUAUAUACAAUGUAUGUGCCAUGUCAUGUAUUUUUAAUCUUUAUGCAUUUUAUAUUACCAAAUAUAAUAUCUGCUGACUAUUAUCCUGAACACUGAAAACGUUUAUAUUCUGUGACUAGAACACAAUUUAUGUUAUAUUUUAUAUAACUAUGAAAGUGUAUAUACCAUUACUUCAAUAUCAAGCAAUCACUAUAUUGCUAAACAUUGUACUGCACAAGUCUGGAAGCUAAUGAUUUCUUUUGGAUACGGUGUAAUAGAAUAAAUGCAUUUUUUAUUUUA